GAGUCAAGUAUACCACGGUAGUUACAUGAGCCGGAACAACUACAUGAUGGCAUUUUGGUCUUUUUUUUUUCCUUAAUUCCUUAAUUAUUAAUCUUUAUACCAAUUACCUCAAUAAUUAGGGUUUUGUACCAUCUUCUAAUCUCAUACCAACGGCCAUGUCUCUGCUUCUCUCGAAGCUUUCUUCUCUCAAAACACCUGCACUGAGAAACCUCACCGGUCGUUUCUUCUCAACUACCUUUUUGAGAUCCCAUCCCAGUUCCAUCAGAUCUACCUUGAGAAAUGGGGACGUCGGAUAUAUCGAGAUUUUUAAAAAUCCUCAUGAUGAUGACGUGGUGGAGGAACCGGGAACAAGACUAUCAUCCAGUGGAUGGUUUGCUUCGUUGAAGGAAGGAAUAGUGUGUCUCCAUGAUGAUGAAACCCCAAAUGAGCCAGAUACAAAUCGAAAACGCAUUUCACUGCCUCCUUUUGUAACUCUGCCUCAUUGCCAAACCCAAGUUGUAACCAACAUCGCCAUGACCUCCUCUUGUCCUGAGGAUGAUGACUGUGUUGUGGCUGUCAAGUUCUUGGGACCUCAACUCAGCUUAUUUAGACCCGCUCGGAAAAACUCCGAGUGGACCAAUAUAAGAAUCACAGACCCGGUUUUCUUCAAUUCCCGUGUCAUGUACUCAACGAGAGAUGAGAUGUUCUCCAUGCCUGCUUCAGGUGGCGCCUACAUUGGAUCAUGGAAUCUUGGAGAAGACAUUCACAACCACAAGUUGAAGCAUUUGUGGUUUCCAAAGUUUCCCGAGAUGGUGCAAUCAGAGUGGGAGCUCUUGAAUUCGUAUUGCACAAGCGAACACUUAGUUGAAUUUGAACCCACCGGUGAAACUUUUUUGGUUAAGUGGUACACCAAGAGCAAUUGCCGUAGGACGGGGAGGGUGGAAACGCAACGUUUCAUGGUAUUCAAAAUAGACGAGAAAGGAAACGCUGUGUACACUACUGACAUUGGAGAUCGCAGCAUCUUGCUCCUCUCCAAGGGUGAAGCUUUCUGUGUCCAGCCUAGCUUGUGUGAUAAAAAACCAAAUAACGUCAUAUGUUUCAAGGGCCUCGACGACUACGGAAUAGCCCAUCUCGGUGAUUAAUACAAAUGCUGUUAAAAUUUGGCACUUGUGGAAAUGAUAGUUUUAAGUUUGAGUUUGAGUCUCUUUUUUUGGGGUUUCGUAAGAUUGAAAUGAACUUGAUACCAACCGACUCUGCUUCAGUUUUCAAUUACAUUUUAGACAAAAAAAAAACGGAAUCAAAUGUACAUCUGUUUAUUAAGGUUUUGGUGUCGGAAGCCACAAUUUGUAAAUACAAACUCUAAAACAAAACAAAGUCGAGCAUG